AUGAAUCCAGGGGAGAUUACAACGACUGAAAUUAAUACCGAAAUCAAAUUAGAGGUAAAAGUGGAAACGGAAUCCAUUGUUAAGGUGGAAACAAUCAAGAAUCCGGCACCAAGUUCUGUUGCAUGUUCGACACAAAGUCAGCCUCAGCCAGCUGCUAUCACAAAUAAUAGUGAAAAAUCUCGGGAAGAGAUUAAAGCAGAACGUGAAGCUAAAAAAUUAGCCAAACAGGCAAAAAAGGCAAAGAGCAAUACAACUGGUGAAUCGAGCAACAUCGCCGCCACGGUUGCUGCAACUGUUGUCCCUGUGACUAAUACUGGAAAAACUAACGAAAAUACAAAUAAUAUGGAAGGAGCUGCUGGUGGAGAAAAAACACGCGAACAAAUAAAAGCAGAACGUGAAGCUAAAAAAUUAGCUAAGCAAGCAGCCAAAGUUGCAAAAACCGGUGGCGCUGGUGCCACUGUUGAAAGUGUAGCUGGGCAAAUGGCUCAGGUGAAAAUAGCAGACAAUACUACACAAAAGAUUGCAACUCCAUCCGGUCCUAUUGCUGAGGGAGAAAAGAAGAAACCUGCCCUAACUAAGGCCGAACGUAGAGCUAUACAAGAAGCACAGAGAGCAGCAAAGGCCCAAGCACAAUCACAAAAAUCUGCACCUGUAGCUGGAAAUAAACAAGCAGUGAAAACUGCUGCUGCUGUAAAACCAGCAACCAAAACUCUUCCGGUGCCAGAUAAGACGUCACCAACAAAAUCUACCGCCAAUAGUCCUAAACGAGCCACAAGUACUUCGCCGGUAAAAAGUGUUCGUUUUAACGAUGGCAAUGUUAAACUCUUCAGUCAUCUCGAAAGACCAGCUACAAAUGUGAAUUUAUUUGUAAAUAAUCCACAAAUUCAUCCCAGCAUUGCUAGGUUGGGAGAGCAGUAUGCCAAACGUGUAAUUGUCGGAUCAAAUGCUAGAUGCCUGGCAUUUCUUAAUGCAGUUAAAACGGUUAUACAAGAUUUUGAGACACCACCCAAGAAGGAAUUCUCUCGCAGUUUGGAAGCUCUUCUCAGCACCUCUGUUGAAUAUUUACAAAAAUGUCGCACAUUGGCCGUAUCGGUUAUUAAUGCCCAUAAGAAUUUAAAACAAGUUUUAAUGCAAUUACCCAAUGAUCAACCCGAAUCAGAGUUGAAAGAAAAACUUUUCAUAUUUAUUGAUACAUAUAUUGAAAAUCAAAUUGGUAAAGCUGCCGAAGCUAUUAAUUCUAUGAUGCAAAAGAAAAUCAAUAAUGGUGAUGUUAUUUUGACAUUUGGAUGCUCUUCAUUAAUUUCCCUAAUUUGUGAAGUGGCACAAUCACGUAAGGUUGAUUUCCGUGUUAUUGUCGUCGAUUCCCGACCCUUCUGUGAAGGUCAAGAACUGUUGCGCCGCCUAACAGCCAAAGAAAUUCCCUGCACUUAUGUUCUAAUCAAUGCCAUCAGUUUUGUUAUGCCCGAGGUGACAAAAGUGUUGUUGGGUGCCCAUGCAUUGUUGGCCAACGGUUAUGUUAUGGCACGCACGGGUACAGCACAAGUGGCGUUGGUGGCUCGAUCCUUUAAUGUGCCCGUCCUUGUAUGCUGUGAAACACAUAAAUUUAGUGAACGUUUUCAAACUGAUGCCAUUGUCUAUAAUGAAUUGGGUAAUCCGGAUGAUAUUGUUGUUGAUGAUAAAUGUUGCCUUUCAAAUUGGCAGGCUAAACAUAAAAUGUCUCCGUUAAAUUUGAAUUAUGACAUAACUCCACCAGAAUUGGUAACAGCUGUGGUCACAGAAGUUUCCGUAUUGCCAUGUACAAGUGUUCCGGUUAUAUUGCGUAUGAAACCUGAUUGGUCUAUUGUCUAAG